AUGUCCAACGACAUCCUCACGCAACUACAAACCUGCUAUGAUCAACUACUGACCCAAUUUUUCUCAACCAUAAGCUACCUCUCGCAGCGGCAUCCAUUGAUUGCCCCCGCUCCAGAUCCUAGUGACCCUUUCACCAACCCUCCUUCGGCCACGCUAGCAACUCAGACCCCUGGAGCAGAGAAUGCGCAGACACACGGCUCGGCCAUCGUUCCGGGGUUAGAAGACACAGAACGCUCUGCAUAUCCUUUGCGGCCCGUAGCGCCACAAGUGUUUGCAAACGCGCAGCGUGAAUUGGCGGAAGAUCUUGUACAAAAAGGCCAGCAGAUCGAGCGGCUGAUAUCGCGACUACCAGGGAUUGGGAAAGGGAAAGAGCAGCAGGCAGAAGAGAUCAGAGAACUGGUAGAAAAAGUGCGGGAGAUGGAGGAGAGGAGGAGGGAAAAGAGACGGGAGAUGAAGGAAUACGUGAGGCGACUGGAUGAGGUGAUCAUGGGUAUGUCUGAGAGUGUUUCUUUCGAGGACAUGAAUGGGCAUGGGCUUGGGAAUGGGACCUGA